AUGUACUUGUGUAAUGAAAGCGAUGCUUACCUUUUUCCAAAAAUAAUGUCUACUAUACUUGAUCAUAAAUCUGAAGAAUUUGUAUUAUCGACCAACAAUAAUUCUAAGGAAACAAAUAAUGUCCAAACUCUAUAUUUUUCCAGUGACGAAUCAAACGGAAAUAAUCAUUCAAAUGAAACGAACAGUAACAAUAGUCAUCUAUACCAGUUAUCGAAUAUGAGUUUUUCAAAAAUUAUUACCAAGCAUGGUCAUGGUUUAAAUGCUCCAAAUGAAGGAUCACAGUGUAAGAUUUAUGUGAAAAAUCUCAGCAUCAAUUAUUUACUUGAUUACAAUGAACAUUGCAACGAUUUAUUGCCAUUUGAAAAAGAACAAGAUAUACAAUUAGGAUUUUAUAAGACAAUUAUUGCAGAUUAUAUACAUAAAUGUUUAUUUACAAUGAAAAAAAAUGAAAAAUGCGAAUUGACAUUUGAAUAUUGUUCACAAAGUGUUCAAGAGCAGAGUAAUAUAGAAACAUCAUCUUCUGUUCAUUUUGAUAUGAAAUUUCUCGUACAUUUGAUCGAUUUUGAACGUCAAUGUGAAAUAUACAAUAUGCCAAUUCAAACAUUAUAUGAUUAUGCAUUAAUUCAUAAACAAAAUGCUAACAUAUUUUUUGAAAAGAAAAUUUACUCAUAUGCCUUAAAAUUAUAUCAUCGUUCAUUGUCUUAUGCCUCAAAUUUUACUACUGAUGAACCGAAUGAGGAAAAUAAUGAACUAUUAAAAGAAUUAGAUAAAUUAAUUGUAUCAAUCUAUACGAAUAUAGCUGCAUUACAACUAAAAUAUUCAAAUAAUCAUAGUGUUAUCAUUAAUUGUUCACAUGCACUUUAUCUAGAGCCAACUUAUAUAAAAGCUCUAUUUCGUCGUGGUUGUGCAUAUUUGAAUUUAAAUGAUUAUGAAUUAGCAUUAAAUGAUUUUCGUCUAGCACAAACAUUAGAACCAAAUGAUGUUAAAAUACAACAGUAUCUUAAACAGACGACACAAAAACUUGAACAAUAUGAAAAAACAUUAUCAAAUUCAUUAAAAAAGUUAUUCUAA